CCAAAGUGGGUCAUAUGUAUUGGGAUUAUCCUCACAUGGGCUUGAAAUGAAAUUAGAAACAUCAUCUGCCAAAUAUCUCUCUCCUCUCCAUAUUCUUGAAUAAAAAUCAGUCAUCAGGUGCAGAGAAUUCAAACCAUUUUUGUUUCCCUUUCGCCUUUCAUUUUCUGGUCCCAUUUACGUGUGUGUGUAAGUGUGUGAAGGGAAGAAUGGGGAAAUGUAACAACCAUGUAGCCAAUAGCUAUCUUUGACAGCGAAAGAUUGUGUUUUUAUGUGGUAAUGGAAGAAGGGUGUGUGGGGUUUUAGAGGUUCAAGAAUUUGGCUAUGUGUCAGCACCAUUGUAGGGGUGUGUGUGGAUUGAUUUUUUCAGCCAUUCUUGGCUGGUAACUACGACAUCACCAGCCCUCCGGUGGUCCCCACUGUGGCACCCAUAACCUUGCAGACUGCAGGGUUUUGAUCCACAUUUGGUCUAAAUUUAGAGCCAUGAGAAGGAAUUCAGGGCCGCCUUUUAGGAACUCGGGUGACUUCACUAGCCCAGGGACACCAGAGUACGACGAUCAUUUGCCAAAGACGUGGAGCUCUGAGCGGGUGCCAUUGCCUGCGGGCAGCAGUAGGAGGCAUGUCUCUGCAUCUGCAUUGAUGCCCUUCAAUAGUGGGAGGACGGUGCCUUCGAAAUGGGAUGAUGCUGAGAGAUGGAUCACCAGCCCGAUUUCAGGCUUUGGCGCGUUCAAUGCUGUGGCUGCUCAGAGACGCCCCAAGUCCAAGAGUGGCCCUUUGGGGCCAACCCCGAUGGGCCUUGUGUACUUCCCCAACUACUCCCCGAUCAUGCAUGUGCACGAAGGCAGGACAGUGAGGAAUUUCAUGGCAAAUUCACCUCUUACUACGGGUGUCUUGGUCCCCGAGGGUUUGUCUGUUCAUUAUGAGUCUGAAAUUGAUGCAAGGUCUCGUUCCUUGUAUGCUGAAGACAACAGGAGACAUGGUGCUAGUAUGAUUGGCCCGUCGGAUAUGCUUAGCGAGACUUCUGAGCCUAGUUCUCAAGACGACAAAGUGGGUGACAAGGAGGAAGAAGCCCUGGUUUCACGCCGCGACAUGGCUACUCAAAUGAGCCCAGAUGGGAGCACCCGUUCAUCAUCCAAAGCAAGGCUAUCGUUUUCUGCUCGUUCCUCAGUUCCUAUGCUAGAGCGCCUGCAUGCAGGGAAAGACGAUAUCAGAGAUGUCCAGGUAGACAACACUUGUACCGGACCGAGGAAACAAGAGGUCGAAGAGACGGACUCAACUCUCAUAGGAGGCGCCUGGGAUGUUACCGAGUCAUCAAAAAACAUGUCCAAGUUUGAGAGAGAGGAAGCGAAGAUCUGUGCUUGGGAGAAGUUGCAAAAGGCGAAAGCCGAGGCUGCAAUGAGGAAACUGGAGGUGAAACUGGAGAAGAAGAGAUCAGGUUCGAUGGAGAAGAUAACGAAGAAGCUAAGAAAGGCGCAGACGAAAGCUGAAGCCAUGAGAAGCACUUUGUCGGGGCAAGCAGCGCCUCCAACACGGAUGUCGUGCUCUCUGUAUUUCAAGCUUUGCUCUAUUUGUAGCUGCUUCAUAUGCACCAAGAGAUAAUUGGGGAUGAUGUUCUUGAUCAAAUCAUCAUGAAACUAGGUCACACAAAUAUGGAGUAGUGAAAAAAAAGAGAGAAUAAAAUCAAGAAUGAAAAAAGAAAGUAUUUUGAUAGUGAAAUGUGAGAUUGAAUAUAAA